AAAACAUACUUAGAAAAAAAAACAAACAAAAAAAAAAUAUCCUUUUUAAUAUUGUAAAUAUUGAGAUUAGUAAAAAUUUUUGUGUGUAUAUUGUUGUUGUUAUAUUGUAGUUUGAGGGGAAAUAGUGUAAAAAUUAAAAUAUAUCACAUAUAUAUAUAUGUAUAUAUAUAUAUAUAUAUAUAAAUAUAGGAAGUAUAGUUAAAUGUAAGUGGAACAGCAGCAAUAUUAUAUUGUAAUAUGGCAGUAGUUAUGCAAUUUUAUAUUUGUUAUCCAACAACUGCAAUUGUUAAUAUUUGGAUUAUGUUUUUAAUAAUUAUUUCAAUGAUAUUAUCACCAGCGUUGCCUGAAAUGAUAUUCCGUGUGGAUCCUUUAGCUCUUUUAGCCGGAACUUUAAGGACUUAUCAAAGAGCAGGAUGUGACUCAGAACAAUUAUCAUUAAGUUGCCCAAGAGGGACCAGUAUAUCAAUUGAGUUAGCACAAUAUGGGCGAGCUGGAGAUCUAAGUGAUAACAGUUUAUGUCCUCCUUUAUCUGAUGAAGAAACAACUGUUGGUUCAGACGGUGUUGUACAUAGUAAAACAGAAAUUGAAGUUAAACCACCGGAGAGUUGUCAAUGGGAGCAUGGAUUACAGUAUGCUUUGCUGCAGACAGUUGUUGAAGCAUGCCAAAAGAAGCGACAUUGUAAAUUUGCUGCAACACCAAAAUCAGCUGCCGGAGAUCCAUGUCCUGGUAUUAGAAAAUUCGUUGAAAUAGCAUACAAAUGCCGUCCAUAUGAAUUUCGCAGUAAAGUCGCUUGUGAGAAUGAUAAUAUGCAAUUGGUUUGUAAUCCUUAUUCAAGGAUAGCAAUAUAUAGUGCUAGUUUUGGUCGUACGCAAUACGAAAGUGUACAGUGCUCUCAGCCACAUGAUGCCAAAGAAGAAAAUAUCCCUAAAAAUAACAACAAUGACAACAAAGGCUGUCUAGCCUCAUGGGCGACUGAAACAGUUAUGCAAAUAUGUCAUGGACGGAGGCGUUGUUCUCUAUCAGCAGAUGUAUCAACAUUUGGAAAUCCUUGUAGAUCCGAAGCAAAAAUGUAUUUAAAAGUUGUUUAUACAUGCAUACCACGUAAAGUAUUAAAAGAUCGUUAUGAUACAACGCCAGAACCAGAUGAACCUCAACAAGCUGAAUUAGAUUUAGAUCAAGAUGAAUUAUAUGAUGAAGAUCAAUUUUAUAAGGAAUCAGAAGCAAUACCACCAGCACCAAAAUUACAGGGAGGAUUACCAAAUAAUCCAGUUGGUCAUCCGUUAGAUUUUCCAUUUUCGGAAAUAUCACAGAGUACUUUAAUACCACCAUUAUUAAAACGUAAUGAUAAAACAUUAGAAGAAUCAACUGGUAAUGGAAUUAAUAAUAUGUAUGAUACAAGUAAACAGUAUGGUAUGCAAUACAAUAUUAUUGAAAGAAUUAUUCAAGGUAAGGAAUCAACAAUAGAAGAGGAGGGAUCUGAAGAAAGAAUAAUAAAUGAAAAUAUUCAUGGACCAGAUGAAAAUGAAAUAAAAGAAUUAGAAAAAGAUGAAGUAAUUGGAUUUAUUGCAAAUUGGAUUGAAACAUAUAUUUUCAUUAGACAGAAUCAAGAACGUUUCUAUUUGUACAUAAUAAUCUCUGUAUCGGCUGGUAUUUUAUUAUGUUUAACAUUAGUUAUUGGUCGAAUGAUGGUUCAUAAAAGAAGAAUACGUAAAAAUAGUAAUGCAAGUAGUAAUAAUAAAAGCGGUAGUAUUGAUGGUACCAAUAAUCCUGGUGGUAAAUUUCAAAAAUCAACAACUGGUGAAACACAAAUACCAAAUGGUUUUAGUGAUGAUAUAUCAGAAAUUGAUGCUGAUAUUGAUUUAACAACACCGAUACCAGUGCCAAGUUUAUCAUCUAGAAAUGAGAGUUAUAUGACGUAUGUGCCAACAACAAAUUGUAAUUAUACUGGUAUUCCACCACCAUCAAGUAUGAGUGGGCAUACAUCAAUAGCAACAACAAUGUUAAUGCCAUCUAGUGGUUUGGUUGUAACAUGCCCUGGCGGACCAGGUGGUAGACAACCAACUCCUACUCCACCAAAUUUAAUCGGUGGAUUACCUGUUAAUUGUAAUAGUAUGGGUGGUGCAUUGUUACAACCAUCAACAGGAAUCAGUUCAGUAUCGCAUCAUACUGGAGCACCAUUACCGUCAUAUCUAAUGAUGGGACCAGCACCACAUCAUGCUACAUUACGUCGAACAAUGCUUCCUACUAGUAUAGGAUAUAUAGCAGCACCAUCUCCACCAUUAACUAGUACUGUUGGUGGAAGUGUUUCUGUUGGUCCACUUGGCGUUAGUGGUUUACCGACACAACAAUAUCCCGGUACAGCAGUAUAUUUUGAUGGUACGAUACCAAGAAAUAUGGCACGUGGUUCAUCAACAACCAGUAGCCAUCCUAGUAGUGAUAGUACACAUUAUUAUGGAUGA